AUGCCUUUCACUUCCUCUUCCCUCCCGCGGCCUGAGAGCGCCAAACAGCAUGACUGGACUCAGGGACGUUGGCCUAAGAAAAGUGCCGAGUUCCUGCUCCACAUGCUGAAGAACGCAGAAAGCAAUGCUGAGCUCAAGGGUUUGGAUGUGGACUCUCUGGUGAUUGAGCACAUCCAGGUGAACAAGGCUCCAAAGAUGCGCAGGCGUACUUACCGUGCGCACGGACGCAUCAACCCCUACAUGAGCUCCCCAUGCCACAUCGAAAUGAUCCUCACUGAGAAGGAGCAGAUUGUUCCCAAACCAGAGGAAGAGGUUUCUCAGAAGAAAAAGGUUUCUCAGAAGAAACUGAAGAAGCAGAAACUUAUGGCUCGGGAGUAAAUGUAAAUAAAGUCCAACAUUCGUACUACA